UCAUCUCCAAAAAAGAUAACAAACACCCUCACCCCUCACUCAACCAACCCAAACCCUCUCUCUACUCAACCCUCCCAAAAUGGGAAACUGCUUGAAGCACCAAUCAUCCACCAAGUAUGUUGAUGGUGGCGACGACACUGACGGCGAAAACUGGAGUUUUCAGGGAGGUGAGAGUGUUUUCGCCGCCACCAACAUCGUCGUCACCACAGCUAAGAAGACGACAACAGAGGUGAAGAUCAAGAUCACGAAAAAACAACUAGAGGAGUUGCUUAGCAAAGUGGAUGUGAGAGAGUUGAGGGUGGAGCAGGUGUUGUCCCACUUGAUGAACCAUAGUGGAGGGUACCAAUCACUCCAAAGACCAUGGAGGCCUGCACUUCAGAGCAUCCCCGAGGUGAAUUGAGCUUCAUGAUUUCUAGGUUAGGAUGCGCUGUUAUGGAGUGAGAUAUGUUGGUAGAGAUGAGAAAGAGAAUUGGCUUAUUGGGUCAAUCCUAUAUGGUUGCUUUCAUCAUGCAAGAGGGUUUAUGGUUCAUGGUUGGGGUUCUUGAGGGUUAAUGAUUCUUGUAUUUUAUAUAUAUAUGUAGGGAAAAACAAGGGUGCUUGCUUAUAGUUUUUGUUCUUUGUACAUACAAAACAAUAAGGGAGUACCCUUUGUGCUAUAGUUUGAGACUUUGUUAUUA